UAUUUAUGCACACCAAAUCAUUAGCUCAUAUCAAAGAUAAUUUUAAUGACAACACCUAUUGCUUUCCUUCUUAUUCCUAUAUAAAUACACAACCAAAAUUCAUUUACAUAUAUAUGUAUAAUAUAUAUAUCAUAUAACCAAUAUGGCAGCCUCCGGUACCAUACCAACAAGAUCAAUAGGGAGGCUGUACAAGUGGCAGGUGUCCGAAUCAGACGGUGGCGAAUCGGCGAGGCUGCUGGUGGGGCGGCCCGAAGGCGGUGGAAUAAGGGCAUUGAAGCAGCCUAAGGUGGUGGAUAGUGUGUCAUGUAGGCAAAUGUUUUUGAGGAGUUACACAUUUUCCAGGAAAGAAAGUUUUUCUGAGAAAACCAAAAAGUGUCUAGGAAGAGUAUUAGUGCUCUUUCGGCUUAAAGGGAGAGGUUUUCAGGACAUUAGGAGGCCGAGGAAAAGGACGAAUAGGAAGGCGACACCUAAGCACCGCCACGAAAUGACGCCUAAUGUAGGAGUGAAAGAGGCAUUGUCUAAGUUUCGUAGGUUGGUGUUAUGUUAUUCUCCUUCAAGAUCAUGUAUUAUUGAUUAAUAGUACUUUUUGUGUUGAUUAUUGAUGAUGAUCAAGUCUAAUAAUUUGUACUCAUAACUCUGCCUUUUGUGUUUUUCAUCAUUUCAAUUUUGUGUGAUCGGUUGUUAUUAUUAAAGGGCAAUUUCUACAAGUACAUUUAGGCUCAUAUUUGGAUAUCAAUCAACAAAAAUAGUGUAAUAUUGUUUGUUAAGUGCAAUUUUUAAUGUUGGAACAAGAGAGAUAUGUAAACUGUUCUUUUUUA